AUGUGGUAUUCGUGGACCGCUACCCAGCUACCUCGUAUGGACGAGUCUUUAUACCAAAAGUUCACGCUUCAUGACCCCAGUAUUGACUUGCUGCAAACACUCAAUGAGCUUAUUGAUUUUGAGAGUGCCAGUCUUCAAUUUGAACCACAGCUAGUACGCAUUGAGCUGAACAAUAGCGAGGUUUUGACGAAAAAGCGCCUGUUGCGUCAAAAAUGGAGCUCGUGGCUCGAGUCGUGGCGCCGGCAGGAAAAACGAAAAAAACCAUUUAAACCGCAACGCCGGGUUUCUCUUGCCAAACGGAUCCAAUCCUCCACAAAACUGAUUCUCAAAAACAAACACAACGAAAACUACGAGCUGGAGCGGCGGUUGGCGACGCUUCUGGACCGCAUGGCCACGCAAUUGACGUACCUGGAAAACCUGGACCUGGAACUGGAGAGCCAAGUUCGCGAUAACGAAAGUUGCAAAAAUGUCGCACAGCCCGAGCGAGAAGAGGUAGCGGCAAUUGGGGCUCCAUCUGAUGAGGAUCUCCGCAACCAAUUGCACUGCCAGCGACUGCUCCAGGUGAGCCGGUACUAUAAGUAUUUUAGUGAGUAG